AUGACUCUCCUCGCUCUGGUUUUCAGGGUAGAGGCUUUCACCCUCGUCUUCUGUACGAGUUUUCAACUGGAUGCGGAUAAUCUGGAUGAAUUAUAUGUGAGUUUGUCUUUAAAGGAGAAGGAGAAUAAGGAGGUGUCGGUGGAGCCGAGUAGAUUGGAAGAAGUGUUGGAACGUGGAGAGAAUUGUUUGAUUAUGAAGCUUCUGAUUCAGAAACAUUAUAAUCAUGAAGCUUUUAAACAGACAAUGCGAAAAGUUUGGCGUCUGGUGAAGAGUGUGAAAUUUCACGAUUUGAAUGCCGAGCUUACAGUGGUUGAGUUUGAAGAUAGCCGAGACAGAGCCAAAGUUAUACGUGAAGGUCCUUGGAGCUUUGAUAAACAUUUGGUGUUAUUGAAGGAGUUUGAUGGUCUGAUACAGAUCAGUAAACUUGAUUUGGUUAAGGCUCCUUUUUGGGUCCGUAUCCAUGAUUUACCACUGAUUGCCCAGAAUGAGUAUAUUGGGAAAUUGGUUGGCAGUGCGUUGGGGGAGGUUCUGGAGGUUGAUCUGGAUAAGGGGGAAAUGGAAUGGGGGGAGUACAUGCGAGUCCAAGUGAUGUUGGAUAUUUCCAAACCAUUUUUGCGUAGGAAGCAUUUGAAUGUGGGGAAGGGAGCUUCAUGCUUGGUGAAUUUUUCCUACGAAAGACUGCCAGAUAUAUGUUUUUUCUGUGGAGUGUUGGGACACACGUUAAAGGACUGUGAAGUUACAGAUGCUGUCAAGGUUGAUCAGACCAAGCUUUCGUAUGGGCAAUGGUUGAGAGCCGGGUUCAUGAGUAAUCGAAAGGUGGUAGGGUGGUGA